AGACAGUCCGCGCAGAUCUCGCCGCGCGGGGGGGUGGCCGGGACGCGGAGGCACAAAGAUCACAGGGAAAGCGAGAGAAAGAAGCUGGGCAGCUCUUGGUCUUCCCCUUGGCGUCUCCAUGCCUGGCCACUGCCCCGGGGUCCUCCCCUGGCUCCGGGAGCAGUAACCAUGGCCGCUGUGGCCGUCGUGCGCAACGACUCUCUGCAAGCUUUCCUCCAGGAUCGCACGCCCAGCGCCUCCCCAGACUUGGCGAAGCACUCCCCCCUGGCUCUCCUGGCCGCCACCUGUAGCCGAAUCGGACAGCCGGGAGCCGCCCCUUCGGAUUUCCUACAGGUCUCCUACGACCCAGCUCUGGGAUCUCCAUCCAGGAUCUUCCACCCGUGGAGUAGCGAGAUGCCGGCCCAUUCCCCCGGGGGGCUCCCCCCUUCGCAUCCCAGCCUGGGCCUUACCCCCCAGAAGAGCCACCUGCAGCCCUCCUUCGGGGGCGCUCACGAGCUGCCCCUCACCCCCCCGGCUGCCCCUUCCCCGGCGCCCGCCCCCCCCCCCCGCCGCCCCUGCCGCUGCCCCAAUUGCCAGGCGGCGACGGGCAGCGCCCCGGAGGCGGAGCCGGGCCGGAAGAAGCAGCACAUCUGCCACAUCCCGGGCUGCGGCAAGGUCUACGGCAAGACCUCGCACCUGAAGGCGCAUCUGCGCUGGCACACGGGCGAGCGGCCCUUUGUCUGCAACUGGCUCUUCUGUGGAAAGAGCUUCACGCGCUCGGACGAGCUGCAGCGGCACCUGCGGACUCACACGGGCGAGAAGCGCUUCGCUUGCCCCGUGUGCAACAAGCGCUUCAUGCGCAGCGACCACCUGGCCAAGCACGUGAAGACCCAUCAGAACAAGAAGCUCAAAGCCGCGGGGGACGGCGUGAAGCGGGAGGACGCGCGGGGCCUGUGACCCGGGGCGCCGCUCCGCCCCGCCGUGGAGAUUCGGGACCUACCGCCCUGUCUGAGCGACCGUCGCACCCGGGGCCAGGAGUCGCGGGCCCUGGAGUCCUGCAGGGGGGCUGUGGGCUUUGCAGCCUUCUCUCAGGAGGUGCUCCAGGGGUUCGGCCCUAGGAGGAAGAUGCAGGACCUGCGCCCGGCUCGGGUGGGGGUCUGGGAUUGGAGCCCUGCCCUGGAGGUUUACAGGGCUCCGGGAGGCAUUGUCCUAUGUCCGCCCCAUUGUCCUGAAGGAGCCCUUGGACAAAUCCCCUUCUCUGGCUCAGGGCAAAGCUGCGGGAAACACGUGACUCCUUCACGCCUUGCCACUGGCAUCAGGAUCUUUCUGGCUACUGCUUCGUGGGAGUGAAGUCCAGCUGAUUCCAGGACUGUCCCGCUCCCUUCCUGGGAAAGCUCUGGACGCAAGCUGGGCCACAGAAUCACUCCCUCCUCCCCGCGAUGUAAACGGAGUUUCUUACCAUGGGCUCCUCUGAGACAGUAAAUAGAAGCAACAGCGUUAGUCUGGACACCUGGGCCUUCAUUUCUUUCCGGGGAAGUGACUGAACUUUUGUGUACAGGUUAUUUAAUAGCUUUGUUUGAAUAAAAGUGUUUUUCUUGUCCGUGGCUCCACGGGAGGGUCCAGCAUGAGAUGUUUCUGUAAAGCGACCUGCAAGUGCAGCGUGAAAAUAAAUACAUUAACACUGGGGUCAUAUUGAGAAGA